AUGGCUAGUUUUACAAUUCCAAGCCUGGCACCCGACACGGAUAGCUGCAAGCUGCAUAAUUCAUACGAUGCGCAAAGCUGUGUUCUGGCUGCGGUCUGCAUUGUGGUGGGAACUAUCCUUUGCUUCUUUGGUGAGAUAAACGUUAGGCGUCUUUGGUGAACUGUGACACAGACGGAAGGCGUCUAACAUUUUGUUGUUCUGUUUUGUAUCGCCAAAAUUUAUCCGUUUUUUGACUUCGGGUCUUCUGAUUCUCAGUUGAUCGUGAAUUAUUUAUUUAGUGGGCUGUAGACGUUGUCACGGUUUUCGACGCCAUCUUGACGAGUAGGCAAACGUGUAAGAAAUUACAGUGUUUGUUUGAGAAUCUAAUGUCGAAUAAUUUCCGUAAAACGGCUGUUCUGAAAAACAUAUAAAUUGUAACUAAAGCUACAAAGCAAAGGAUUGUCCUAAAACUAUUUGGGGGGCGUACCUGUGCUUAGAUUUCUCCAGGGCUUGCUUUAGAUUUUCCAUAUAUUUGUCUGUAAUUUUCCCGGAACUUUCUUACAGACAAAUGUAUAGAAAAUUUUAAAAAGUGGUUCUAGGUCUUCUAGUGCAUGUACCGCCCUCAAAUGUUUUCAGGAGAAUCCUUAGGAGUGAAGCUUUUGUUUACAAAUCAUAUUUUUUUCAGAACAGCCGUUCUACGGAAAUAAUUCUACAUUAGAUUCUCAUACAAUCAAACUGACAACGUCUAAUCUACGAUGUCUGAGUGGCUCAGCCACUAUUUAAAUUUGUGUCUCAUUCGGCUUAAGCAUCUGCAAAGGUUUAAUCAGGGAAAAUCAAUCGAUCGUGUUUUGAUCAAGUGUUUGUGUUUGAUCAAGUUUGAUUUUCCGUUUCGUUGUACGGCUUGUACUUAAUUCCUAGUGAUUCGCAACCGACCCAUUACUUAACUGGAGCAUAAGUCAUCAAGGACUCUCUUCUCGCUUCGAAGAUGAUAAAUAAGAAAUUAAAAAUUAAGUUCCUUUUCCCCAAGUGUGUAGUGUGGAAGCUAAUUUGAUCUUUAGAGUGAGAUUUAUUCGUGAGUCCUUCAGAAAGUUUGUUAGGCCUGUUUCAAACGUCAUGCUACUGCCGUGCUAAGCUGGCUCGACUGCAGCACGACUUGGCUUCAGGCGUCGAAUUUAAUUCACACAAUGACAGUCGAAUGGAACGGCUGUUGCCAAAAACAAAACACAAAAAUAAAGAAACGGUUUAGCAAACUUUUAAAUAUAUUGUAAUGUAUUUAUAAACCAAGUCGAGCUACUGCCGUGCUAAAGUCGAAUUUAAUUCGAUAAAUUGAGUUCGGCACGGCAGUAGCACGACGUUUGAAACGGGCCUUAGUUCACUAGUCACUCGCGCUUAUUGUUCGGCACAUACGCUUCUAUUUCAUAGACAAUUAGGCCCGGCUUCUUCUUUACCGUUUUUUUUAUGGGUGGGUUCGCUUGCCACAAACGCGUAUAGGCGUCGCAUUUGCGUGAUGUAUGUUUUUACUGUUUUGAUCUUAAAAACAAAAAAAAUUCAAGAGGUAAAUGUGGCGCCAGCGUAUAUUCCAAAUGAAUCCAUUCUUUGUUUUAAAGGUAGUGGUACGUAUUGAUGAUCGUUCGGUAACAUAACCAAUACGAUUUGUAUUGGUUUAAUGUGUAGGUGACAAUGCACUGAAGUGUUCCCUAGUACGGAGAGCGGGAGUCACACUGUAGAGCCUAGCCAUCCCGGUUAAACCGCAUAAUCAGUGCAACAAGUGCAGAAAACUCAGGGCAAAAAUUAAGAAAACGAGACGAAUAUUUCGUCCGAAUCAGUGUAAGGAUAUUCUCAGUCUUAAAAAGUUUUCGUGUAUUCAACUUUAGAACAAACUUCAUGUGUCCUUUAUCUUUUUUCAGGCUACCGCGUAUUCAAAUUUACGUUAUUCCUGGCUGGUUUUGCGGCAGGAUUUUUUUUCACUUAUCUUUUGUGUUCUGGAUAUUUGGUUGAUCAUCUUCCUGAGAAAGCUUUGGAACACAAGGAUCAGGUGCGCCAUAAGUUUGGAUGUAGCAGGACCUUUGCUUGUCUCCCACCCAGUCGUUAUUUGGGUCGUCAGACAACCUUGCCCAUUUUUUGACCCAUUCUCUAUUUUCCAAUUGCCCAUAAUACACUCUGUUUGCCCCCCAAAUUCUGCAUAAACCAUUGUUUUUAAAUGCUCCUGGGGGUAUUGCAUUUUCCCAAGAGCAUUUUAAGACAAUAAGUUAUGCAAAAUUUGGGGGCAAACAGAGUGUAUUAUGGGCAAUUGGAAAAUAGUCAAUUAGCCUUUUUGGAAACCAGUAGGGUACUGGGAUCGAGUUGUUGAAUUAAUAUGUUGGGGAACAGUGUAUCAGCCAUCCGAUCACCCUUUAAAAGAUGGUGAAGUGAAGAGUUUGGUUCACUGAAAAGAAACUGGCGGGGACUUGUAUUGUUACCGGCUUUUUUAAUCUGUUUGUGGCAGUAGGGCCAAAAUUUAUAUUGUGACAAUCUUCAGAACUUUUGGUAUCACUCUGGAUAUCACCUUUCUCCUUUCUUGGUCAAGGCACCCAGUUCUUUUCCUUCUCUUUCUUCUUCGUUUUUAUUAAAGCCGUGAAAAACAAGGCUUUUUUUUCUACAACCUCGUUCCCAGGACGAGAUUGUUUUUUCUAUCCUGCAAAGCCGGCGUAUUUUGCAGUGCGAACGAUGAUACGACAAAACGUUUUUCCACCAUCUUGGACGUUGAAACUAACAGAGUUGGGGCGAGAAGAUGGCGGCUGCGAUCAAUGUACCUCCGAGCUUUCUACGACAAUUGGCCAUUUCGGACUAGCCCUAAGCCUCUGUUUCAAAGCGAGGCUAAGUGCGAAGCCAUCGAUAUGAAAUGAUUUGUUAUUGGCAAGCAAAUAAAACUCAUUUCUUAAGAAUAGCUUUGCCUUUAGCCUCGUUUUGAAAGUGAGAGUUUUUUAACUUGGAAAUGCCUAUUCCGCCUGAUCAUCAAAUGCUAUAGAGCGUUUUCACUCACGUGGCCAGCAUCUAUGCUAAUUUAUUGGAACAAAAGAAAGUAUUUACAUAAGAAAAGAGUUCAAAUCCCACAGGAUUGAAUUGGAACACCAAUAUGGCCGCCGUGACGUCAUGUGAAAACGCUCUAUAACCCCUAGCCUUCAAAUACAGCUGUGACGUGUCUCUCCUCGCUUCCCACCUCUAGAGAACGUCAAAAGUGGCGAGGAGCGAAGAGAGACGGCAGUAUUCGCAGGCUUCAUAAUCUCUAUUACAAUUUCAAAUCUUCUCAAACGUUCGUUGAGAUCACUGCACCAUUUCCCACAUUUAUUCAUCAUACUCGGUCAUUGUGAAUCACAUGAUAUUGUUUAAUACGAAUGUUAUGCUUAUUUCUUAUGAACGAUCUUUAAACUUGAACUUAAAUUUUACCAUUAAUAAUGUUCGAGGAUAAAUCACGUUGCCGGUUUUCUUUUUCAUUUUCAGAUCUUUCUCGGCGUCUCUAUCGGUGUUGGUAUUAUUGCUGGCCUACUGACGCUGUGUAUUUUCUAUCUUGGACUCUUUGUCCUUGGUAGGUAUAGCCGUCUGGUUAGAUCCCAAUUCCUUGACACGUUUUGCUUGACCCUAUUAAUUAACGUUAAAGGCGAUGAUGAUAGGGAGCUUAAGCAACGGCGACGGAGACGGCUGCGAAAACGUCACUUAAAAAGUGAAGUCGCGCUGCCUCAAACUUUAUCGCGCUUAUUCCAUCUCGUUUAAUUCGUCAAAUGCUGGGAAAUUUCUUUGGAGUUGAAUUCUAAAGGAUUUUAUCAAAGUUCAAAAAAAGAAAAAGAAAAUUGUUGUUUUGUGUUCCCGUCCUCGACAAAAAGUGAAAUUAGGCACUUUCACGUUGUGGUCGUGCAACGACGGCAAAGAAAUGUACAAAAAAGCGUGAUGCACGUGCAGAGUUGUUAUUUUGCCAAGCUAAACCUAUUGGUUUUUUGCCGUUCUCGUUGCCAUCGCCGUCGUCGUCGUUUAAGCUCCCUAUUGAUAUACUAGACCGCCAGCGGUCGUCAUUCUUUUCUCAGAGUCACGCGCGGUGGGCGAAAAAGUGAAAUUAUGCAAAUUAGGGGCAAUAGGGAAGAGAGAUUGGGGCGGAGAGAGGAAAAAUGACGACUCUUAUUUUUCUUCACCCGGGCUCCGCCCUCGUUCUUCAAGGCGUCGUCGCUCACUCCUCUGCGUGCUCGCGAUCCUCCUUGACUUAAAAGAAAAUUAGGAGACUGUUUUCAGUCUAAAGAUUAACUGGAGUGCAUGCCGUGUUGUUUAGGAGCGACCAUGGGAUGGUUUGUUGGCAUGCUCCUUCUUCCUCUCAUGUACAAACAUGUUGAAUUCUUGUCUGAACACAACUGGGUUCCCUACGUUGUUCUUUUGGCAUUUGCCAUUGCUGGAGGAAUUCUCAUUAUUUGCAUACAGAAGGUAUGUUUUACAAAUUUAUCAAUUCAGUAACGCAGGUGUUAAUGCAGCUUUAUCUACAGCUAGAACUGGUUUGAUAACCCCGCAUGGAUUCUUUUAUAAUUGGCAGUUUGCACUCCUGUACUUGCAACGAUAAUUUUUAAAAAAGUAUUGGUCUGUUCUAAGUUACUGCGCUCAGGCAAGAAAGCGUCAGUAAGAGCUCCUUUCGAUAACAACCUGAAAAAAAUAUUAUUUUUUAUUUUUCAGGUGAUCAUAGUCAUCUCUACAUCGUUUGUGGGAGCCUUCGCUGUCAUCACUGGUUUUGACUACUACUUGGAGAACAGUACCGCACUUUAUUACUCUGUCAACAUGUUGCAUGGUAAGUCAGUAUCCUUAAUUGAAUUUGACCAUACAAGACACGCACGCUGUUUGGAUGUCACUGGUUUUGAUUACUAUUUGGAAAACAGGUCGCGUUCUCCACCCUUUUUGUAUUAUUCUUUGACAGGAAAAGUUGUCCUCUUUUCUCUCGAAGUCUUCCAGACCCCUAAAUUGGACGUUUGAAAAUGUGAAAGUCUCAUUUUUUUUACCUAACUAUAUAAAGCCAGUAUUUGAGCUGCAGACGGCCUUUUGAGCGGGACAUUGCAUUCUAGUGGCAGUAGUUCAAUUUCUUUACCUUGUCAAUAAUUCAAUAUCCAGUAUCGUAAGGAUCCUUAAAAGAAUUUAACUAUACAAGACACACACCCUGAUUGUAUUUAUAAUUUAGUCAACUGUUAAUAAAUGGGAAGAAAGAUAAACAGAACGGUAAGGGAAACUUCAGGUAAUCAUUUAUACUGCGUACCGGUAUUUUUUAUCUAUUUUUGUUUAGGCCAUUAUGACAAGUCUGAUUUACCACAUUGUUGGUACACUUGGCUCAUGUUUUCAUUGAUUCCAAUCAUGUUUAUUGCUGGCAUGGUUGUGCAGCUUAAAAAGACUGGACAAGGCAGAGAUCACAGAGAAGGUAAACGUAAACAACAAGAAAAACAGUCAGCGUGAUCAAGUUUAGUGAUUCCACAACGGACUAAAUCAGAGUUUUAGUCUUGAUGGUUAAAUUGGCAUUCUGGGACUGAGACAGAUCUUGAAUGAAAAUUUACAAUGUAUUGGUGGAAAACGACUCAAACGUUUGCUUAUUUUUAGUAUAACGGAACCACAGGAUGCAACCAUCUCGUUAUUACAACCACUUUUUGCUGACCCAAACAAAAUACAAGUCCAAAUCAUUUUGUCGCUCUGCUACUAACUUUAUACGACCAAUCGAAUGCCUGUUAAGGAUAAAGGCAGCAGUUAACUGGACAAAGCAUAAAACUUAUUAUGUACUUAAAGUCGUUAAAGUACUGUAAUGAGCGUUUGACUGGUGUGUGUGAUAUCAGCCACGUUGAUAAUCGGAGCUUCCAAUGUCGUACAUCAAAAAAUCGUAGCACCAUAAUGUGAUAUGCUACCCCGUAAAUGCGAUUACUCCGUUAAAACGACGGAAUUUUCAUUGCCUAAACUUGGUCGUAUUCCCGUGUCAACAUAAAGAACUUGAGAUGGACCGGACAUCAAAGAUGUCAGGCCGGUUCAAGCCUAAUUUUCUCCUAAGAGCGUUGGCGCGUUUAAUUUUUAAAUUGUCGACGCGUGAAUAAUUCUUCAUACUAAAAAAAUCACCCAAAUCAAUUAAUGCAAGUAAAAUUUUCAAGUGCGAAAUUGGGGGGUGGGGGUGGGGGGGGAAUGGAUUGGUAGAGGGUAUUGUGCUAGUAAAGCAGUGACAGAGACAUACUACAUUUUGGCUGUAAAUCAAUGGCUCUAAUCCAGCAGAUGAGCUCUUCCUAAACCUUCUCGUUCUCUUUUUUGAUACAGGCUGUCCUUUUUUGAACUGAUCUUUAUUUCUAUUAUUUGUACUCACACAGCCUAUUCGAGGAGAUCACGUGUUCCUUUCAUGGGAACUCGCAUGGAUGAAUUCUCAGACCAGGUAAAUGUUAAGCUUUACAGUUUACUUUCUAAGGGGAGGGCACCCCAUUACACCUAUCAAACAUUAGUUUUAUGAAACAUUUUUUUUUGUACCUGAGGAAUAUGCCAGACCAUACAAUGGUCUUUAGCGGUUUCCGUACGCCGAUAUUAGGAUAGUAUUUGCUGUUUUCUUCCACUUCGUUGAAUAAUUGUUAAUUCAUUAUCCUUUUUAGUAUCGGCCGAGAUAAGACCAGAAGUAAAGCCUUUUUGUUUUAUUAUUAUUGAUUUGUAAUUUUAUUUGUUUAUUUCAGCGACCCCUUGUAUCAGGCGAGGAGUAG